AAUAACUAAAGGCUUUCUUAAAGAGCUUUAAUUCUGAUACAAGAUAUAAGGAACAUGAAAGCAAGACAAGAAUUUGCCCUGAUACCCCAAGUCCAGCUGAAGCAAAAAUUCUGGGUAACAGAAGAUAGUAAAGCUAAACUGAUGAUGGUUGGUGCCAAGUAUUUGGAUACAGUCACUCACAUAGACCAUUAUUAUGACACUGCUUCAGAUGAGCUAGCAAUGGCUGGAUUGUGGUUAAGUCAAAGGAAUCAACAAUGGUCUCUCAUAGUAGAAUCUCAGAAGGAAGAAACUCAAGAAAACACUGCAUAUUCAGUCCCCGAUACAUGGGAAACAUCAUGCCAGAACUUGACCAAAAAUGUUCAGCAUGACACUGCUAUUGUCUACAAGGACCCAGCACAACUGGAAUAUCUCAACAAUGAUCAGCAGCCUGAUUUGAAGACAGCAGAUAGAGAAGGUGAAUGUACAAAAUCUAGUUCUACAUACACAGAGCUAGUGGGCGAGAGCGAGAUAAUUACAUAUCUACUAGCCCAUCUUCACAUAGAUUUGAAAACCAAUGAAAGAGAAAAUAUGACCAUGGAGGAUUUUCUGCAGAAGGCGGGUAUCCAGCAUUAUGCAAGCAAUCACAUUAUUAAUCAAACAACAUACUUAUUGUCUAACAAGUAUACAAUUCUCAUUCAAAGGGAAGAAAGCUCUUUGAAGGAGUCUGCCACUGUAUUGUUAGACGUAGAUAUUUUUAAUAUUUGCAAAGGCUUGGAAGACAUUGAAACAUUAGCCACUUACCUGGGAUUUGAACUCCAAGGAAUUCAGAGUGAGCAAGAAUGCAUUAUGUAGCAAGUCAAAGCAGCACAAGC